UCAUAACCUAUCUCUCACAACAAACUUGACAUCGAAAGAGUCUAUUUAUGAAAUUUUCAAUCAUUACACAGACAAACCGGAUAAAAAUGUCGGUACUUUCAGAAAAUAGAGCUGAUGAGGCUACUCAACAAAUGCGAUAUGCAGCCGUUGAAGGGAAGAAUGUUCUGUUUAUAACCUGCUUUCUGGCUAAGCUUCUUUACGACCGCGAUCUACCAAUGCUUAAGAAGGUAGCAGCUAUGAAGCCGAAUAUUCAUAUGGUAUUCGGCAACACCGAGGAUGACGAGGGCUUGGCGCAGAAAUUCAGAGACGACGGCAUUCUCACUGGCGAAGCCAUCUUUGCUGACAUGAGUGACGAUGAAAAGGCAGGCCCAAAUAUAGCCGAGGCUUGCAAAGCUACCGGCGUGCAUUUCGACGCUAUCUUCUCACCCUACGAGCACGCGAUGUUUCUGGUGGGAGAAGUAGGAGAGUUACUGAACAUCCCAUGCAAUCCCGGAACAGCAUACUCCGCCGCCCGUGACAAGCGUCUUGCGAGGCAGGUGUGUGAGGAGAAGGGAGUACAGACUCCGAGGUUCGGCAAAGUGGAGUCAGCCAGUGAGAUAGAGGCUAUGGUGGAGAGGAUUGGCUUACCGCUGAUUCUGAAACCAUCUUCUGGUGCUAGUUCUGACGGGGUUUACAAGUGUAAUACACUGGAAGAUGUGUACAAACACUUUGAGAGAGUACACGGCGAACUGACCGAGGCCAAGUAUAUGGCCUGGAACCCAGGGUGUGAGAUGGUGGUACUGCUCGAGGCGUAUAUCGACGGGGAUGAAUUCGAUGUGGAUGUGCUGAUGUGGGAGGGAGAGUGCGUGUAUGCCAACGCCAUCGAUAACUGGCCAACGCACGAGCCGUAUUUCAUGGAAGAAGGCAGCAAUUGCCCGUCCACAUACACUGGCGAGAAGCUCGAGAGCCUCCAUCAGUACUCUAUAGACUGCGUGAAGGCGCUUGGCUUUGUGAGCGGCUUGUUUCAUGUGGAAACCAAGUACAGCCACAUCAAAGACACGCCAUUACUUAUCGAGGUGAACCCACGCAUGGGUGGUGGACAUACACACUUGUACCACAACGAAGUGUGGGGCGUCGAUCUGUUCACCGAAUUCUUUAUGUGUAGCAUUGGUAUCCCGGUCAAUCCCCCCCGUGCGGCGGUACCGAACUGUGCCAUGGGCGACUUCGAUAUCAUCUGCGCGAAGACGGGCAUCAUGCAGAAUGUCACGUGGAUGGACCAUUUGAAGGAGAACCCCAGUGUGGUGGCGUACAAGGUGUUUGCGGAAGAGGGAGACGAGGUUAUAGGAUACGACACAGAGAUCCCACAGUGGCUGGGUCACUACCUGGUCAAAUCCGAUGAUGUCCACAAGACCAUCAAGAUACUGAAGGAUCUGAUCCCAACAUUCGAGCCACCAAUCAUGGAGAAGAAGAACCGUCGUCCGUCCACAGGGCGUGGUAUCCGAAGGUUCUCUACCGCAGGAGCUGAAGGUGCGGCUAUGAUCGAGAACUAGAGGAGCUCAUACAAUUCCAAUUCGAUCAUUUAGAAACGAUUAAAAUAGUACUUGGUAUAUAUAUAUAGAUAUUUAUACAUAUACAUACAUACAUACAUAUAUAUAUAUGUAUAUAAUACUAUAUGGAUAUAAUAUUAUAUGUAUAUAGUAUUAUAUGUAUAUAAUAUAUUAUAUAUAUGUAUAUGUAUAUGUAUACAUAUAUAUAUAUAUAUAUCCCGAGAAAUCCAGGCCCGACCCAUCGAAAUCAUUGGACCCCUGCCAGGGUCUGUGGAAUUAGAAGAUCCACAGUUUGUAUUCAGGGCGACUAUCGAAUCAUUGAAUGGCGCGGAAUGAUACGGACGAAGGAAUGUGGAAAAUAACCAACAGAUUUAAGUGGUUUUGUAAACGAUUAAAGUUGAUGAUCGGAUGAAAGCCCAAGUUUCCAAUCGGCAAGCUUG